AUGUCUUUCACUCCCUUUGUUGGAGUUAACCAUCACGGUCAAUCUACAUUGCUCGGUUGUGGUCUAUUGUCGAACGAGGACACAGAUACAUUUGUUUGGGUAUUUAAGAUAUGGCUUGAGUGUAUGCAUGGUCAAGCACCCCAUAGAAUCAUUACAAAUCAAGAUAGGGCUAUGCAAAAUGCUAUUCAGAUCGUCUUUCCGAACACAAAGCAUAGAUGGUGUUUAUGGCACGUUUUGAAGAAAUUGCUGGAGAAGUUUGGGUACCUUGUUCACAAGGGAAACAUAUUUUCAACUAUACAUAGAUUGGUGUAUGAUUCGCAGACUGGUACAGAAUUUGAAAAAGGUUGGGGAUUGAUGAUUGAUGAGUAUGAGUUGCAUGAUAAUGACUGGUUGGCUGGACUGUGUAACAACAGAGCCUGUUGGGUUCCUUACUUCUUAAAAACAACAUUCUGGGCUGGUAUGUCUACGACUCAUCAAAGUGAAAGUAUGAAUGCCUUCUUUGAUGUGUAUGUGCAUUCGAAGACCUCGCUUAAGCAGUUCGUUGAACAAUAUAAACGAGCACUGAGAAAUAAGGUUGAGAAGGAGUACCAAGCUGACUUCAAGUCAUACUCGCAAAUGUUGGUGUACUCAAUGUCGAGGUUUCGGGAAGUGCAAGAUGAGUUCACAAGGAAGGUGUAUUGUGAUCUCCUAGCUGCCUCGGAGGGAAGUUCGGGGACCACGUAUGAAAUUUUAGAGGAUGUGCUGAUCGAACACAUAUGGAAGAAAAAAAAGUGGUUCGUCUCUUUUCGGAGGGAUAGUAGUAAAAUUGUUUGUAGUUGCCACUUGUUUGAGUUUCGAGGGAUAAUACGCAGGCAUGCAAUCGUAGUCUUGAUCCGUAACAACGUGACAUCAAUGCCAGAAAGGUAUGUACUACGAAUGUGGAGAAAAGAUGUUAGUCGAGCGCACACAAGAGUGGCAGUGAACUAUGCUGGCUUAGUUACUACUCCUGCACAGUUGAGAUAUGACGAUAUGUGUCGUGCUUUUUCGCAAUUGGCAGACCUCACUACAGAUGAUGAAGGGCGAUCACGUAUAAUAAUGGACUGGAUAAAAUGUCAAUAUAAAGAGCUUACGCUGACCAAGUCGAGCAAUGGAACUAAUGUUAUGUCGCAGCCUGCUGUUCACUUACCCUCUCAGAACAUUGAUUCUCAAAAAUUCGCAUGCGAGACUAUGAGGGAUCCUAUAUUGGUGAAGAGAAAGGGUGCACCGAAAAUAUUUCAAACGAAAGGCUCGUUGGAGUCGAGGUCAAAGAAAAAAAGGGAAAUUCAACUUCAAGCAAGGGGAAAACAUCGAGGGACAUACCUACUAACAUCCCGGAGGUUGCACCCGAAGUUCAAUGGAUGUUUACAUUUUAUUUACAUUAUUGCUGCAUAUAAGGUCAUGGAAUGCCCUACUACUAUCCAAAUUUACCAGAACAAAGUGGCAGCGGCUUGUGAAAAGGUUAAGCGUACACCGUUGACUUCGCAUAUAGAAAUGGGAAAAUUUAACAUGAAUGACUUAGUUGUUCCUUUUGCAGGAAUGGAAACAUCAUAUGCAGUAGCCGAAGGGAUCUCGACCAAGUUGUCAGAAGGAUUGAGGGACCAUUUUGAUAGGAUAAUCAUGGCUGGACCGUAG